AUGUCGGCCACGGAAUCCCUCCGGAUCCCCCCCUCGGCCGCCACGGUCCAGGUCUCCAUCAUCGACACGACGCUCGAUGGGACGCUCCCGACGGCGCCCUUCAUGGGCCCGCCCAUCCGGGGGUUCGAGACGUGGCACGGCGUCGGGUACGCCUUCCUGGUGACCCGCACCGACGCGCAGGGCGGGCGGCGGCGCGUCGUGUUCGACCUCGGCCUGCCCACGGACUGGGCCAACGACUUCUCGCCGCCCGUCAUCGAGGCCGUCAAGCAGAUGGGCGGGGUCAUGACGGCGCGGAAGUACGUCUCGGAGAUCCUGACGGAGAACGGGGUCGAUCUUGAGGGCAUCGAGGCCGUGUUCUGGAGCCACGCUCACCCGGACCACAUCGGCCGGCCAUCCCUCUUCCCGGCCUCGACCACCCUGGUCGUCGGCCCGGGCGUCAAGGAGGCCUACUUCCCCGGCUGGCCGGCCGUGCAGGACGCGCCGGUCCUCGCGCGCGAGUUCGAGGGCCGCGAGGUCCGCGAGCUCGAUUUUAGCAGCGGCGGGGGCGCCAGUGGCGCUGCGGGCCUCGAGAUCGGCGGACUGCGGGCGCUCGACUACUUUGGCGACGGCAGCUUCUACCUCCUCUCGGCGCCGGGCCACGCCGUGGGCCAUAUCAACGCGUUGGCGCGCACGACGGCGACGGGGGCUUCGGCAGAUAGUGGCAUCAGCGGUAGCGGCGGCAGCAACAGCAGCUUCAUCUACAUGGCGGGCGACUCGUUCCACCACGCCUCGGUGCUCCGGCCGCACGCGGGCGCCAGGCUCCCCGAGGAGGUGCGACUGCCCGGGUUCUGUUGCGCGGGCAGGGCGUUCCACGCGGUGCACCCGCUGGGCGGCAACGCCGACGCGGACAGGACGGCGUUCCACACGAUCCCGGGGACGGAGGCCGGGGAGGCGGCGCUGGCGCUGGACGUGGGCGAGGCGCGGCGGACGCUGGCGGCGGUGCGGCGGUUCGACGCGAGCCCGGACGUGCUGGUGGUGGCGGCGCACGACGACAGCCUCUACGGCGUCGUCGAGUUCUUCCCGCGGGACGCAAGCGGGUGGAGGGGAGAGGGGUGGAAGGAGAGCGGGCGGUGGCUGUUCCUGAGGGAUCUGAGGACGCCGGUCGAGAUGGCUGGCGCGUCCGCCUGA